AUGCCCACCAACGCCUCGACGUCGUUGUCGUUCGGUAAAAAAGCAGCCGAGCUCGUGCGAGAGAUCGUCGAGAGCGAUCCCGAGACUUUACCUCCGUACAACGCGGACGCGAUGCGCACCAUCGUGGAGCAGUGCGGAGACCAUCGCGCGGAGAUCGUGACGUUGGCGCCGGAUGCGAGCGAGGAUGCGACGCGGGUCGGGUUGUUGGCGCAUCAUCAGGCGAUACUGAGGAAUAAGCGGGCGAUGCUGGUGUACCUGAACGAGCGCGUGGGACGGGUGAAGGAGAUGCGCUGGAGCGUCGGCAUGGGUCUACCGGAGAGCGCGUCGGCGAACAUGAGCCACGGCGAGCGGACGUUUUUCACGAAAUACGCCGAAACUUUGAACGAAUACAUGCGCGCGGUAGACUUAGACUUGACCUUAGACUUAGAGCCACCGCAGAAUCACAAGAUUCAGGUUCGGUGUUUGGAGGACCACGGCGAGAUUUUCACUCGCGAUGGCACCGUGGAUUUAAAAAAGAACACCGUGCACUUGCUCUGGCGCGAGGAGGCGCAGCCGUUGAUUCGAGAGGGCGUGCUCGAGCAGAUGGACGACGAAUAG